GUCUGUCGCUGCUGCGCUAGCCAAGCGGUCGCUGCCUGUUGUUUUCAUGUUAAAGGAGACUUUCCCCCUUCGGAGUAGUAAGAAGAUGACACCCGUCCUUGGAAGCUUCGUUUGAGGACAUUUAACCCACCGUGAAGACUAGCUAACAACAGUUAGAGUGUUUGCUCUGUGCACCCCCCAGUCAGUAAGGGCAAAGAGCCCUCCAGCUCACUCAUCACCCCACCACCACAUCCAUGUUGACUGCGGCAGCCUGCUUCUGAGUCCGGGUCUUCAAACGUCGCGACCUCUUUGUUUGUGUAUGGGCACGAUCCGGUUAAACCGCAGCAGCUCGUAUUAACGACCACCGUAAGCUCCGGUCUCCGCCGUAGUCGGUAUGAAGCACCGUUAACGCAUUAAAAUGGCUGCUGAAAUGGCACUAGGAGGAGAAUGGUAUUAAAUCAACGCAGUAAGUUGAUAUCGCACAGCCAAGGCCAAGCUUCCUAUAAGCUACUUUGGCUAACAAAUGAUGGAUUAGCUGCGCGAGAGGCGUUGAUUGAUGUUGGGAUAUUUAGGAAGGUCUUUCCAGCAAGAGGUAGUGUGCAGGAGAUUCCUCCUGCUUCAGAUCUAUGCAUGCGGUUAACCCACACGCUUUAGGGAAGACGUAAAUAAUUAUUUACGCUUUGUAAUCAGACUUAGCUAAGCCUUAAAUGAAGCAUGUCUAACUCUGAAAGAAUAUGCAGAACUCCUUGUUUAUAACGGAAAUAGUCUGAGGCUUGCUCCCAAAGCGGGUCUCAAGGCCCCGGCUUUCUGCUCAGGUCGGAUCUCCCUGGAAGUAAAAACCAAAAGGCACACCAAACUAUGGAUCCUGGUGGGAAAUAUAGGAGCACGUUACCCUGUUUUGGACCCAAACUAGCCACCACCAUCAGCGAUCCGAGGGGGAUCAACAAAUACUUGGUGGCGUAUGUUUUGUUUUCCUUUGUACUGUUGACUCACGCCUCGCCGGCGAAGUCCUGUGACAAGAACUGUCUGUCGGGGAAAUGUGUGAACGGCUCCUGCGUGUGUGACCGUGGAUGGGUCGGAGAUCAUUGCCAGCACUGCCAGGGAAGGUUCAAAUUGACGGAACCUUCAGGAUACCUCACCGAUGGUCCCAUCAACUACAAGUACAAAACCAAGUGCACCUGGCUUAUUGAAGCCUAUCCAAAUGCAGUCCUGCGGUUACGAUUCAACCACUUUGCUACAGAAUGUAGUUGGGACCAUUUGUACAUCUAUGACGGAGAUUCGGUUUAUGCUCCUCUGGUUGCAGUUUUCAGCGGCCUUAUCGUACCGGAGAUACGAGGUAAUGAGACGGUUCCUGAGGUGGAGACAACUUCAGGCUAUGCGCUAUUACACUUUUUCAGCGAUGCAGCCUAUAAUCUGACAGGAUUUGAAAUUUUUUACUCGAUAAACUCUUGUCCCAAUAACUGCUCCGGUCAUGGGAAGUGCACACCAGGAAACUCGGCUGCCAGCAGAGUGUACUGUGAGUGUGAUAAGUACUGGAAAGGUGAGGACUGCGGCAUCCCCUAUUGCAGGAACAACUGCGGGAGCCCCGACCACGGCUACUGCGACCUCACCGGCGAGAAGCUGUGUGUCUGCAACGACAGCUGGCAAGGCCCAGAUUGCACACUAACUGUACCUUCAACCGAGUCCUUCUGGGUCCUGCCCAGCGUCAAGCCCUUUGGCACCUCCCUCGCCAGAGCUUCCCACAAGGCCGUGGUGCAGGAAAAGGUCAUGUGGGUGGUGGGUGGAUACACGUUUAACUACAGCUCGUUCCAGAUGAUCCUUAACUACAACCUAGAGAGCGGCGUUUGGAACACCGUUCCUAUCAGUAGUGGCCCUGUGCCAAGAUAUGGCCACUCACUUUCUGCCUACCAGGAUGAUAUCUAUAUGUUCGGUGGGAAACUAGAGGCCAGCUGGGGGAACGUGACAGAGGAGCUGUGGGUGUUUAACAUACCCAGUCGCACGUGGCAGCGGAGAACCCCCGUCGUUGGCUCGCCGGCUCAAGCUCAGAUCUAUGCUGUGGAGGGACACACGGCUCACUGCGUCCAGCUGAGCAGCGGCGAGACCAUCAUGCUGGUCAUCUUUGGCUACUCCCCCAUCUACAGCUACAUCAGCAACGUUCAAGAGUACAACUUGAAGUCUAACAUAUGGUUGGUGCCUGAGACAAAAGGUGCCAUUCCUCAGGGAGGAUACGGCCACAGCAGCACAUACGACAGCGCCAGCGGCAGCAUCUACAUCCAUGGGGGCUACAAAGCUCUGCCAGCCAACAAAUAUGGCCUUGUUGACGACCUCUACAGAUACGACAUGAACACGCGGACGUGGUUCAUUCUGAGAGAAAGCAGCUUUCCACGGUACUUACAUUCAGCCGUGCUCCUCAGUGGCACUCUGCUCGUCUUUGGUGGCAACACACACAACGACACGUCACUCAGCAACGGGGCCAAGUGCUUUUCUGCCGAUUUUCUCGCCUACGAUAUCGCCUGUGAUGAGUGGAGAGUCCUGCCCAAGCCAGAUCUGCACAGGGAUGUCAACCGCUUUGGUCACUCCGCUGUCGUUAGCAACGGGUCCAUGUAUGUGUUUGGAGGCUUUUCCAGUGUGCUGCUCAAUGACGUGCUAGUGUACCGACCCCCCAGCUGCCAGGCCUUCCUGACCGAGGAGGGCUGCGUGAAGGCUGGGCCGGGGGUUCGCUGCAUCUGGAGCAGAGGUCGCUGUCUCCCCUGGGAGCCCAGCACCACUAACGGCAGCCUCGCACCUGCCUCAUUCUGCCCUUCUAAAGCUGUGACGAUGGAUGAGUGGUGUUACAGGUUCUCUGACUGUGGCAGCUGCACAGCAAACACCAAAGGCUGUCAGUGGUGUGACGACAAGAAGUGCAUCUCUGCAGCUAGCAACUGCACAUCUAAUGUGAAGAACUUCACGGAGUGUCCGGUGCGGAACGAGCAGGUGUGCAGCAAGCUUGCCAACUGCAAGAGCUGCUCCCUGAAUCUAAACUGUCAGUGGGACCAGAAUCACUCCCAGUGCCUGGCGUUGCCUGCCCAGCAAUGCAGCGAGGGUUGGAGCCAGGUGGGCGACGCUUGCCUGAGGAUCAACUCCAGCCGUGAGAGCUACGACAACGCCCAGCACUACUGCAAGAACCUGAACGGGAACAUUGCCUCCCUCACCACCUCCAAACAAGUGGAGUUUGUGCUGGAGGAGCUCAAGCAGCUCCAGCAACAAGAAAAGCGUCUGUCCCCAUGGGUGGGCCUGAGGAAGAUCAAUGUGUCCUACUGGGGUUGGGAGGACAUGUCUCCUUUCACCAACAGCAGCUUGCGUUGGCUGCCUGGAGAGCCCAGUGACUCUGGUUUUUGCGCCUACUUGGAGGAGCCUCAGGUGUCGGGCCUGAAGGCCAAUCCGUGCACUGCUACUGCCCAUGGGCUUAUCUGUGAAAAAGCAACAGGAAACCCCAAUCAGAAUAGCCGUUCUUCCUGCAAGAAGCCUUGCUCUCUGCACACAAACUGUGCCAACUGUACCAGCCAGGCCAUGGAGUGUAUGUGGUGUGGCAGCACACAGCGCUGCGUGGACUCCACGGCGUAUGUCAUCUCCUUCCCCUAUGGCCAGUGUCUGGAGUGGCAGACUACAGACUGUCUGGCUCAGAACUGUUCAGGAUUGCGGACCUGUUCCCAGUGCCUGGAGCAGCCGGAGUGUGGCUGGUGUGGAGAUCCCAGCAGCACAGGAAAGGGGCUGUGCAUAGAGGGUUCCUACCGGGGCCCAAUGAAAAGAUUGGCCAAGCAGGGCCAGCAAAGCCCUUCCCGUGACAUGAGCCUGGAGCCAGGCAGCUGCCCCAAAGACAAGGGCUUUGAGUGGGCCUUCAUUCACUGCCCUGCCUGCCAGUGUAACGGCCACAGCACGUGUGUCAACGGAAGUGUGUGUGAGCAGUGCCGUAACCUUACCACUGGUCUACACUGCGAAACCUGCAUGCCCGGUUACCAUGGAGACCCAACCAAUGGUGGAAAAUGCCAAGCUUGUAAGUGCAAUGGUCACGCAAACGUAUGCCAGGUGUUAACGGGCAAAUGCUUCUGCACCACCAAGGGGAUCAAAGGAGACCAGUGCCAGCUAUGUGACUCAGAAAACCGUUACCUUGGCAAUCCACUCAGAGGAACCUGCUACUAUAAUCUUCUGAUCGACUACCAGUUCACAUUUAGCCUCAUCCAAGAAGAUGAUGACCACUACACCGCCAUCAACUUUAUGGCCUCGCCUGAGCAGACAAACAAGAACUUGGACAUGUCCAUCAACGCAUCCAACAACUUCAACCUCAAUAUUACGUGGUCAGUGGGCUCAACAGCUGGAACCAUCUCUGGAGAGGAAGUGCCCAUUGUGUCCAAAACAAACAUCAAGGAAUACAGAGACAGUUUCUCCUGUGAAAAGUUCACCUUUAGAAGCAACCCUAAUAUUACUUUCUACGUGUAUGUCAGUAACUUCUCAUGGCCAAUCAAAAUCCAGAUUGCCUUCUCCCAACACAGCAGUAUCAUGGACCUGGUCCAGUUCUUUGUGACAUUUUUCAGUUGCUUUCUGUCUCUACUCCUGGUGGCAGCAGUGGUGUGGAAGAUCAAGCAGACCUGCUGGGCUUCGCGUCGCAGAGAACAGCUGAUGAGAGAGCGUCAGCAGAUGGCCAGUCGUCCAUUUGCAUCCGUCGCUGUUUCCCUGGAUGCCAGAGGAGAGCUAACAGAAUUCCUGCAGCCUGUGGUGGAUGGUGUGCCUAAGCCUGUUGCCAUGGAGCCUUGUUCUGGAGGGAAAGCUGCCGUGUUGACGGUCCUCAUGCGUCUACCUUCUGGACCCUCAGGCUUACCUCCACCUGGACAGUCAGGACUCAUUGUUGCCAGUGCACUGAUAGACAUUUCACAGCAGAAACCAUCCGACUUUAAGGACAAGUCUCAAGCUUUAAAGAACCGAAAAGCCCUUCCUCCAGCUCACCAGGGGACCUGUGUCUGACCCGUAACCUUUCAACUUGUUGGUUACCUUUUUUUGCACCAUCUGAGAGGUCACAACGUCCCAACAUGUCUCAGGUCCCAGCUGGAAGCUUUUGUUUUUCUCCAGGUAUAUGACAUGGCUUAAAGACAUGGCUGCUUGUAGAAGAUUUUGUUACGCUGCUACCAGUCACCUCUACGGCUCUCGUGUUGCAAGAGCAAGUUGCCUUUACGUGAGUCAGAAAUCAUCCACCAGCUUCUGCACCAGGCUGCUGAGCUCCAUCCUGUUUUUUGUUUUUCUUUAGCUAAUGCAGCAAUGUUGAUGGCUCUGCCAAAUCAGGUGGAGUGUAACAUAUGAUCAGAAGAGGCUGCCCGUUGGAUUUGUGACCUUUUUGUUUUUCCUUUGGGUACUAAAGCAUUUGGUUCACCUGGCUCGGCCUUUGCUGUGUCAAGUGACCUCAUUCUGCUCACCUGGGCUACAAAAUCUCUAUUUAAACUCCCAUUUCUAAAACCAAACUACCAUCCUAAUUCUCUCUCUAGUGAAAUCCACCAAUGAUUUGUUUUUACCCCCUCCUGUACCUGCACCUGGAUCAUCCGUCCAACAGAAGCUAAAGUCUGUAUUCUCAUUGGGAGACGUAAACUCAUGCUGCAGACCCAUGACCCGAGGGAGAAGACGGCGGACCUGACGGAGGCACGAACAAAUUGUUUAGCAUGAAAAGUUUCUUAACAAGUUUGAUGCAUUUUAUUAAGAAACUGGAAGUUACUUUUUUGUGUAGUUACUCUUUAAUAAAUACAACAAAACAAAAAAAUCUCUGAAAAUCUGGUUUGUUCUUUACUGUAAGUAUUUUUUGGGAGGGUAUUUUGACACUUUUGAACCUGUUGGGGUGGAUGGAUGCUGUUUCAGAGCUCCACACUCAGAAUGAGACCAGGGACAGGAUUUUUCUCUGGCUGUUUGUUUUGUACAUUUUUUAACAGUCCCCUGAUUUUCUGACUUGAUUUCAGGCUCUUUUUUUUAUUGCCUUGUCUCUAUGAACUCUUGUGCAGGGGAGAUGAGGAUCAGAAUACGUUUUUAAGCUGUACAGCGUCUUGUUCGAACAAAUCCGUGUCUUUGUCAUUCACACUUCCUGAGGUUUCAUGUGCUGACGUCACGUUUUUAUGACUGAAUUGCAAAUAUGUUUUGGCUAUUUUAGGCCUUGUUACCUGAUACUAUAAUAUCUAUAGUAAAUUGUUAUUUGUAAAGAGCUUUUUUUUGUUUGUUUAUUUGUUUUGAUAUUUAACAGAUUACUGUGCAAUGGAGCAUUGGACUUGAUUUAUUUUUCAUGAACCUGAUUUCAAUCCCUUUUAGUUGUGCAUCUUUACAAACUGUUUGGGCAUUGUCUUGCUUUUUUGUUGUUGUUGCAUAAAGUGGUCACUAUGAUGCAUUGUAUGGCUAAUGUAUGCCAGCUAAUGUGUUUUUCCUUUGUGUUUGUAAAGUAAUUCUUUAAUACUGUUGUUACAGGAAUCAGGAUCCCAUUGUACCAUUAAAGAAAAGAUGCAUAUCAAUAACCACCGAUGUAUUUUAAAGUUAGAAGACAUUGCGGAAAAUUAAAAGAAAAAACAAAAUAUAUAACAGAAAG